GAGACACUGAUGGGGAAAUACGGGGAGGAGGCGAAGCUCAUCUACGAGCUGCAGGACCAGGGAGGGGAACUGCUGGCCCUGCGCUACGACCUGACUGUGCCCUUCGCUCGCUACCUGGCGAUGAACAAGAUCACCAACAUGAAGCGCUACCACAUUGCCAAGGUCUACAGGAGGGACAACCCAGCCACCACCCGGGGCCGCUACCGGGAAUUCUACCAGUGCGACUUUGACAUCGCUGGGCAGUUCGACCCCAUGAUUCCCGCUCCUGAGUGCCUGAAGAUCGUGCAUGAGAUCCUGAGUGACCUGCAGCUCGGGGACUUCCUCAUCAAGGUCAACGACCGGCGGAUUUUGAAUGGGGUGUUUGCUGUCUGUGGGAUCCCAGAGAGCAAGUUCAUAACGACGUGUUGUACCGUGGACAAGCUGGACAAGGUGCCGUGGGAAGAAGUGAGGAGUGAGAUGGUGGGGGAGAAGGGGCUCUCUCCCGAGGCUGCAGAUCACGUUGGGGAGUACGUCCAGCUUCACGGUGAGCACUGCGGGGUCGAGCCCCUGGCUUUGCUCUUCCAGGAAGGGCUGGGAAUGAACGUGGCUGGGCAGGUGCCCGUGAGGGUCGGGAGCGUGGCUGGAGGCGGCCGCUACGACGGGCUGGUGGGGAUGUUCGAUCCCAAGGGACGGAAGGUGCCCUGCGUGGGGGUCAGCAUUGGGAUCGAGCGGAUCUUCUCCAUUCUGGAGCAGAGGAUGAAGGCUUCUGGGGAGAAGGUUCGAACAACAGAGACACAAGUGCUGGUGGCUACACCUCACAAACAUUUACUUGCUGCAAGACUGAAGCUCAUCUCCGAGCUGUGGGGUGCAGGGAUCAAGGCAGAGAUGCUGUACAAGAAGGAUCCUAAACUGCUGAAACAGCUGCAGUAUUGUGAGGACACGGGGAUCCCCCUUGCUGCCAUUGUAGGGGAGCAAGAGCUGACAGAUGGAGUCGUCAAGCUGCGAGAUGUUGCAACAAGAAAGGAGGUUGAUAUCCCAAGAGAAAAACUUGUUGAUGAGAUCAGAAGGCGGCUGGAGCCUUAG